UUAUUUAAGUCUAAUUAUACGGAAGAAUUAAUUUUUUUUGUUUUUGAUUUGAAAAGAAAAUGUAAAUAUAAAAGAAACGAAAAUUUUAAAAUUAAUUUAAUUUCCAUAAGUUGAAAAUUUGAAAAUAAUUAAAAUUUUUAUAUAUUGGAUAAGAAUCAGUGGUGGAAAACUUGAAAAUACAAAAUGGCAGCAAAUUUUUGUAUUAAUAAUAUUCAAAAAUGUUUACUAUUAGUUAUAGUAUUUUUUAGCAGUUUAACAAAUUCAUAUCGGAUUUUAGGAAUAUUUCCACAUCCUGGUAUAAGUCAUUUUCAUUUUUUUCAUCCAAUAAUGAGAGGAUUAGCUGAAAAUGGUCAUGAAGUAACAGUAGUUAGUCAUUUUCCUGAUAAAAGUCCACCAGCACAUUAUAGAGAUUUACCAUUAACUGGACAAAAAACAUUAGUUAAUUCAGUCGAUUUAAAGUGGUUUGAAAAUCGAAGAUUCUACAAUCAUUUCUUGGAAUUUUUCUUAUUAUAUGAUUGGGGAAAACAAGCAUGUCAGACAGCAUUGUAUUCAGAUUCAAUACGUGAUGUUUUAAAAUUUGGCAAACAAGAUCCAUAUGAUAUAAUUAUAAUGGAACAAUUUAAUACUGAUUGUAUGAUGUCAGUUGCUCAUUUAUUAAAAGCACCAGUUAUUGCAUUAAGUAGUUGUGCCUUAAUGCCAUGGCAUUAUGAUAGAAUAGGUAAUCCAGGUAUACCAUCAUAUAUUCCGUCAUUAUUUUUAGGUCAAUCUGAAGAAAUGAGCUUUCCAUAUAGAUUAGCAAAUUGGAUAACAUUUCAUGGAAUGAAAUUUUUAUAUAACUAUUAUUCUCAUCAUACUGCUACAGAAUUAUCUCGCAAGAGAUUUGAUAAUGAUAUACCAGAAAUUAGUGAAUUGGUAAAAGAAACAAGCUUAUUUUUUGUUAAUCAACAUUACUCGAUGGGAGGCGCAAAACCACUUUCUCCUGCUGUUAUAGAAUUAGGAGGAAUUCAUAUACAAAAAGCUAAAACAUUAGAAGCUGAUAUACAAAAAUUUUUGGAUAGUGCCAAAGAAGGCGUUAUAUAUGUUAGUUGGGGAUCAAUGAUUCGGGCUGAAACUUUGCCAUCAGAAAAACGUGAUGGUAUGCUUAGAGCAUUUGGACGUUUAAAACAAAAAGUUAUUUGGAAAUGGGAAAAUGAAACUUUACAUAAUCAACCGAAAAAUAUUUUAAUUAGAAAAUGGUUACCACAAAGAGAAAUUUUAUGCCAUCCUAAUGUUAAAGUUUUUAUGAGUCAUGGUGGAUUGAUGGGUGCUUCUGAAGCGGCAUAUUGUGGAGUACCAGCAGUAUUAACACCAAUGUAUGGUGAUCAAUUUUUAAAUUCAGCUGCAAUUAGACAAAGAGAAAUGGGAAUAGUUUUAAAUUAUGAAGACAUUACAGAAAGUUCAGUAUAUAAGGCUAUUAAUGAAGUUUUAAAUCGAAGAUACAUGGAUGCUGCAAAAGCAGUUUCAUAUUCAUUUAAAAACCGACCACAAAAAGCACUCGAAACGGCAAUUUGGUGGGUUGAACAUGUUGGAAAGACUGAAGGUGCACCAUUUACAAAAUCUGUUUCUACAUUUAUGCCUUGGUAUUCAUAUAACUGUCUUGACAUUUACUUAUUUUUCAUUUUUAUGAUUAUUUCCUCAAUUAUGAGUUGGAUUGCUUUAACUAGAAUCAUAUGUGGUAAUAGAUCAGCAUCUGUUGAAAAAGCAAAACGAAAUUAAAACUUAUUUAAUUUUCAAUUAAAACGAAAUGUAAUCACACAAAAAUUACAUAAAUAUGUACAUAUUAAUGGACAUAUUUAUAUAGUUAUAUAUAAAAUUAUUACAAACUGAUUAUUUACAUGUAAAUAAAAUUGCUACAAUCAUUUCUUGUACAUAAGCAACUCCAUACCUAUUAUAAAUUUUGUAAAUGUAAUUUGUUUUUGUAUGAUUGUGAUAAUAAAAUUAUUGUUUAAGGUUGAA